AUGAAGCUCCUCCUGCUGUGGGGCUGCCUCUUGCUCCCAGGGUCUGAAGACCUGAAGGGGCCAAAGGAGAUCAGCAGGUUUGAAGGUGACACUGUGUCCGUGCAGUGCUCCUACACGGAGGAGCUGAAGGGGCACCAGAAAUACUGGUGCCGGAGGGUCGGGAUCGUCCUUUUCCGUUGCUCGGGCACCAUCUACACGGGAGAAGAUGGCCAGGAGGUGACACAGGGCAAGGUGUCCAUCCGCGACAGUCCCCAGGAACGGACAUUCACUGUGACCCUGAGGGACCUCACCCUGGAGGAUGGUGGGAAGUACUGGUGUGGGAUCAAAAGACUGGGCUUCGAUAAGACUUUGCUCAUCUCUCUAGUCGUCUUUCCAGGGCCCUGCUGUCCUCCCUCCCCUCCUACCUUCUUCCAGCCUCUUGCUACAACAAGCCUCCAGCCCAAGGCAAAAGCUUGGCAAACCCAGCCCUCAGAAUUGACUUCUCCUGGUCUCCACCUGAGAGUCAUCACAGCCAAGCAGGGGAAGACAGGGGCCGAGGCCCCUCUAUACACAGGGAUCACCUCCCUGUACACGCAUGCAAGACCCUCCCUAUACACAGGAGCCUCUCCUCACGCAGCGACUGCUCCUCACACAACGACCUCUCCUCAUGCAGCGACCUCUCCUCACACAGCAACCUCUCCUUAUGCAGGGAGCUCCCACUUGGCCACACAGCUGGACUCCACCUCGGCAAAGGGCACCAGUCCCAUCCCCAGCAGCAGCAGCUCCAAGUCCAGGGUGUCCGUCCCAAUGGUCCGCAUCUUGGCCCCAGUCCUGGUGCUUCUGGCCCUUCUGCUGGCCACAGGCCUGGCUGUCCUCGGCAGUCACAUGCUCCGCCAGAGGAAGGAAGCUCAUCUAGCCAUGGAGACAGAGAACCAGAAGGUCCACCUCUCACACUUGGUAAGGAAGGAGGUGUCUGGGAACGCCUGGGUCCCAGAGUAUGCUGUGAUCAACCUUGCUGAAACCUCAAGACCCACUGGGCCUUGCGCCAGCCAUGAGCCCUCUGCCCCUCUUAACACGGACAUCCGGUGCCUAAGCCAGACUUCACAGGAAGAGGAGGCCCCUUCCCGGGACCCUAAGGACGGCAGCCCAGUGCCUCCUCACCACUUGUCUGGGGAGGAGCUGUGUUUCUCUGAGUUCAUCCCUGUGUAG